UCCUAGGGCACGCCACAUUCCGUCUAGCUUUGAAAUAGCUCCAAUAGAAACAUGUCCUCUUCGCCCAGCAGAGUAGCCGCGCUUGGAAGAUUUGGGGCCGCCAGCGCCGCGACAACAAUGAAGAAAAUCUCCCCCGCUAUGCCGCCAUCGCCCAAGAAGUGGAGAUGGGGAGGAGCAUCGCUCUCGUCGCCCAGGAUUGGAUCGUUUCUUCUCGUCUUCUUGGUGCUCUCCCUCCUCGCCCUCAAUCUGGAGACCAUCUUCCCCUUCUACUAUCAAUCAGAUGAUGAUGUCAGCUCGAGAGUGGAGCUCCACCGCGAUUUGCAAUGGCCCAGCGCCAGCUACUUCACAAUGGAGCACCACCAGCGCGAUCGUGGCAGUCGCCACAACCAUCACCGUCGCGAGCUCAAGAAUCCAUACCAGGAAGAGGAGCGAAGCAGCGGGCACAGCGUGCUCUUGCCCGGGAAGUUGGGGGGGACUGGCGAUGAGAUCUUCCUGUGCGAUCGCUCCCAUCCUCGCUCGGAUGUGUGCUACCUCAAGGGCGAUGUCCGGAUGGACUCGCGCUCCUCGUCCUUCGUGCUCGUGGCCAAGAACGCGAGCACGCGGCUUGGCGAGGAGAGAAUCAAGCCAUACACGAGGAAGUGGGAGCAGAGCUGUAUGGACAUCGUUCACGAGGUGAGAGUCCGCGCGGUUCCAUCGCCAUCGCCCCAAGAAGACGAUCAACACGAAGAAGAGCACAGACAAGGCGAAGAACACGAGGGGGCCGAGCGGAGAUGCGAUGUCUACCACUCUGUUCCAGCGGUGGUGUUCACCACCGGCGGCUACACCGGCAAUGUGUACCACGAAUUCCACGAUGGAUUGAUCCCGCUCUACAUCACAUCCCAGCACCUCAAUCGCGAGGUGGUGUUCGUGGGAGUGGAGCUCCACAACUGGUGGCUCACCAAGUACGGCGACGUGAUCGCCCAGAUGAGCAAUCACCCCGUCAUCGACUUCGAUCGCGACGAGCGCAUCCACUGCUUCCCGGAGGUGACAGUCGGCCUCCACAUCCACGACGAGAUGGCCAUCGAGCCAUCGCUCAUGCCGGGCAACCAGACCAUCGUGGAUUUCCGCAACCUCCUCGACGCCGCGUAUCAAGAGGAGCUCGAUGGGCAGGCUCAAGCUCCGGAGCCACCGCCACCAUCGCCAGCGUCUUCGAUCGGCCAGCCCAGGCUGACAAUCAUCGCCAGGAACGACACGCGCGUCAUCCUCAACCUGGACGAGAUCGUGGGCAUGGCUCGCGAGCUGGGCUUCUGGGUGGAGAUUCGCAAGCCCGAUCGGACCAGCGAGCUCAAGAGGAUCUACCGCGCACUGAAUUCCAGCGAUGUUCUGCUGGGCGUCCACGGCGCCGCCAUGACGCACUUCCUCUUCAUGCGCCCUGGAUCGGUGUUCAUCCAGGUGGUGCCGCUGGGAACCAAGUGGGCCGCCGCCGCCUACUACGGCCAGCCCGCGCAGAAGCUCGGCCUCGACUACAUCGGCUACGAGAUCGACGCCAGCGAGAGCUCGCUGAGCGACAGGUAUGACGAGAACGACACGGUUCUCACCGAUCCGGCCAAGAUCAGCACGCAGGGAUGGGCCGUCGUCAAGGAGAUCUACUUGGAGGGCCAGAAUGUGAGGCUCUCUUUGCCGCGAUUCAAGAGGACUUUGCUGGAUGCCCGGAGGAAAGCCAUGGCCUUUCGGCUGCGACAAAGGUGGUGAGCAAAGCAGCGAGAGUGAGUGAGUGAGAUUCUUUCCCAUACUUUUUUUCUCUUCCCGAGGAGUAUGAAUCGCGUUUCGCGUGGUGUACAGUAUAGGCAGUCAUGAUUUUUUUUUUCCGUGACCUCUCUUGCAAAGACAAGAGAGCACACACCACACUUCA